AUGGCAAAAGAGUCAAUCUGGUCUGAUAUUGGCGACGCCAUCUGCAAUGGCGAGCGGGUGUUCCAAGUGAUGCACAAGCUCGGCCACGGAGGCUUCUCGACAGUCUGGUCAGUUCGCUCAUACACGAUUGAUGGUGAGCUGGCCGUCCUCCGGCACCUCAGAACCGUCGCCGGCCCUGGGCAUCCAAACGUGGUGGCAUUACAUGACUCUUUCCAAAUCUCUGGUCCGGACGGCGAGCAUCACUGCCUCAUUUUCCCUGUUCUCGGCCCAAGCCUACGCAAGGCUGUUGUUUCCGCGGCGUUACCCAGCUCUAUGCGACACCAGGUGUGCCAACAGGUUGCCAGCACCAUGGCAUUCCUCCAUCAUUACGGAGUCUGUCACGGCGUAUUCGAGCUUCCAGACAUCCAGUCCAUGUCUCCAGCUCGUGUAACUCAACUGCUGGGUCCUAUCAAGACGGAGAACCUUGGGUUGCAAAAUGGGCAAUGCUCGCCGCAUGCUCCAGAGCAGGUCAUCCAGACCCCUGACCUAUCAGGUCUAGACUACUCUUUGCUCACUCGGGUUCGAAUAAUUGACUUUGGACAAGCCUUUUUCGCAAACCGCCCGCCACCCUCGCUGGGAGUUUCUAUCGACUUCUUCUCCCCAGAGCUCUGCUUUGGUUAUCUACCCUCAACCAAGAGUGAUAUUUGGCACCUCGCGUGCAUCCUCUAUUAG